ACUUCCUGUGCGUGUAGACGUGGUUGAUAAUGAAAGUGAUGAUAAUGUGUUUAAUUUUAGCCCGUGACAUUCCUUUGAGGUGUUUCCCUCCCUAAAAAAUACAUUACUUGUAACACCAAAAUCUUCCUUGUGACACAACCCAAGGAAUUCCUAGAAGCUGUAUCCCAGUUUGGAGGGCCAAAAACCUCUGAUGAGGGUUGAGCAUGGCAUUUAAAAAUACAGCACUGCCAGUGAUUUUAUUUCCCUAUCAAAAUAAGAAGCGACAGUGAAAUUUGUACUGCCAAACAUUGCUUUUCUGAAACACAGCCCAGUUCAUCCAAAACGGAGCUUAUGUCAGAGCAUCAACUCCAGCGUUAAAUCUCCUUGCUCCCUGUCUUCAAAGGUGAUUGAAGAUGACAAAAGCCCUGUUACAGAUUGAUUGUUCAGUUUAACUGAACACUGGCAAUUUUGCAGUGCUCUGCUGUCUGCUAAACAAAUCCCGUUAAACACUUUCAGUUUUGUUCUCUUAGCACUAAAAGCAAGGGCUGUCUGAGUGCUGAAGCACAGCAGAAUUUAAUUUAUUCCAUUUCAUCUUUUCUUCCUACAGGCACUCUUUCCAGUUCAGUUUGUAUAUUUAAUUGAAGGAUAAAGUGCAGUGUAAACGGCUGAUAGGUAUUGCCACAUUCCUGAACUAACUUUAGGUUUCUUCUGUCAUUGGAAAGCUGAGGUCCUAAUGUGCCACCAGCAUUGAAGUAAGACAACCCAUCACCAGACAGUUAGAAAAACAGAGUUUGGCAGCAGUAUGGAAACCACAGAACGUUGCACAUUCAUUUUAGUCACCAUUGAGUUUCUCACCAUGUCUGUAUGGCAAACUUCUGCUGGCACAGCUCUGUCUGCAAGCUCUGUGACGAAGUGUGACCCGUGACUGACAUAGCUGUGCCAGCAGAAGUCCUAGCUGUAGAAGCAGUUAUCUGCAAAAGUGCACUUUUACUGAUACAGCUUGUUUUCGUUUCUAAAGGCUGUUUUUCCAUAUCAUGGUGGCAGCGCUGCUGCCAGUAAAGCACCAUGCUCUGGGAAUGUAGUGUAGUCAGACAUUCAUUUGCCUGGCUUGGAAGGGACGACUGGUCAAGUUUAGUUUCUGUGCAUGGCUCUCCUCUUCCCAUCCACAGUCUGUAGGAGUUCACAUUUGCAGUGAGAACUCUCUCCUGGAAACUAACAGGGAUGCCAAAGGAAAAAUAUGAUCCUCCAGAUCCUCGCAGAAUUUACACCAUCAUGUCAGCAGAAGAGGUAGCCAAUGGGAAGAAGUCACACUGGGCUGAGUUAGAGAUCUCGGGUAGAGUGCGGAGUUUAAGUACAUCACUUUGGUCGCUGACACACUUGACUGCUCUGCAUCUCAAUGACAACAAUCUUACUCGCAUUCCACCUGAUAUUGCCAAGCUUCACAAUCUGGUUUACCUGAAUCUGUCAUCCAACAAACUCAGAAGUUUACCAGCAGAACUAGGAAACAUGGUAUCUCUCAGGGAAUUGUUUUUAAAUAACAAUCUGUUACGGGUUUUGCCUUAUGAACUUGGACGGCUCUUCCAGCUACAAACCCUAGGUUUGAAAGGCAAUCCUUUAUCACAAGAUAUUCUCAGCCUCUACCAGGACCCAGACGGAACUCGGAAGCUACUGAACUACAUGCUUGACAAUCUAGCAGUUCAUCCUGAGCAGCUGCCUCCAAGGCCAUGGAUUACUUUAAAAGAGCGAGACCAAAUUCUGCCCUCAGCUUCAUUCACAGUUAUGUGUUACAAUGUGCUGUGUGAUAAAUAUGCCACCCGGCAGCUCUAUGGCUACUGCCCAUCUUGGGCACUCAACUGGGAGUAUAGAAAAAAGGGAAUCAUGGAAGAAAUCGUCAAUUGUGAUGCAGAUAUUAUUAGUCUUCAGGAAGUGGAAACAGAGCAAUACUUCACCCUUUUUCUGCCAGCCUUGAAAGAACGAGGAUAUGAUGGAUUUUUUUCUCCAAAGUCACGUGCCAAAAUCAUGUCUGAGCAGGAGAAAAAGCAUGUGGACGGCUGUGCAAUAUUCUUCAAAACUGAAAAGUUUACACUAGUGCAGAAGCAUACAGUGGAGUUCAACCAAGUGGCAAUGGCUAACUCUGAAGGUUCAGAAGCUAUGUUAAACAGAGUGAUGACAAAGGACAACAUCGGAGUUGCCGUGGUGUUAGAGGUGCACAAAGAACUAUUUGGAGCAAGUAUGAAAUCACUUCAUGUGGACAAACAGCUGCUUAUUGUGGCCAAUGCCCACAUGCACUGGGACCCUGAAUACUCAGAUGUGAAACUCAUUCAGACAAUGAUGUUUGUCUCAGAACUUAAAAAUAUCCUCGAGAAAGCCUCAAGCAGGCCCAGUAGUCCAACAGCAGAUCCUAACUCUAUCCCUCUGGUGCUCUGUGCAGAUCUCAACUCAUUACCUGAUUCAGGUGUAGUGGAAUACUUAAGCAAUGGCAUAGUAGCUGACAACCACAAGGACUUCAAGGAGUUGCGUUACAAUGAGUGUCUCAUGAACUUCAGUGGCAAUGGAAAAAACGGGGCUUCUGAAGGAAGAAUCACGCAUGGCUUCCAGCUCAAGAGCGCCUAUGAAAACAACCUGAUGCCUUACACCAAUUACACUUUUGAUUUCAAAGGUGUGAUUGACUACAUUUUCUAUUCCAACACUCACAUGAACGUGCUUGGUGUCCUGGGGCCUUUGGACCCUCAGUGGCUGGUUGACAACAACAUCACUGGGUGUCCACACCCUCACAUCCCUUCAGACCACUUCUCACUGUUAACACAACUCGAACUCCAUCCUCCGCUCCUGCCUCUUGUCAACGGUGUGCACUUGCCUAACAGGAGGUAGUGGAGCCCUGCCCCUUUGAGGGCAAGGACCUGUUGUUAUGGACCUGUACAGUUGUAAAUCAAAGUAUAUAGGAGUAAAGUAUGGCCAACCUUAAGCUGCUUCUUCAAGCUCCUUUCCUUAUGUGUUUGAUAUGAGAUUUUGCACAUUUUGGUGCAUAUUGGUAUCAUUUGGCACUAGGGCUGGAACCAAAGUAUUAUUCCCUUUCCAAAUUCUUAACUUAAUUUUUCUUUUUUUUUUUUUAAACUGGCAAGCUUUUCCUUUUCAGUAGGAAGCUGCACUUAGAAAUGGACAAAUGAGAUUAAAACCUUGCAUAUUAACGUAUUUCAGGAUAGUGCUUUUUUUCCAGAACGUGGCAAAAUGAGCCAACCUUUUAGGAGAAAGAAAGAAUAAAAUAGAAAUGCUUGUUUUGUAGGAAAAAUAUUAGAAAUGCUGUUUGUUUGAACCCAAAAUGAGGACUGAACUCUGCAUCCAAAACAAAUUUUGCACAUUAGCAAAGCACUUAAUGACCUGACUAUAAAUGAUGAGCAGUGUGGCACUGCUCCUCAUCUAACUAAUAUUAGAAAACCAAAGAUAUCUUAAUAUCUAUGAUAAAAUUUGAGGUCUAAAUUCUCCUGAUGUCAUUUCAUUUGCAACAAAAUUCCCAGCAAACCUACGUCUCGUAGGUGAGCAUUGAACACUGGGCAGAUCCUAUGGGGAGUCUUUUCCAGAGCUCUGCAGAACUGGGUCCUUCCUGGGGUGGAUAUGCAAGGAUCCAGAGGAAAACUGGAUCUCUGCUUUGGCAAGCCGGGGAGACACACUCUUCAGCAGCGCAGUUUGGGAGUAGGACUUAGGUUGAGAAAUUGCACUUGAAGCCAGCCGUUGGGGUGCUGGGUGAAUAAAGAAGUUGCAAAUUUAUCCCGAGUUCCCUUUUCCCAGAAAGGAAACUUGGGAUUAAGUGGUUAAGCAUAGGGUACAGGAAAAAACUGCUGGAAACAAUCUUCCUUCUGUCUCCAAAGGGCACAUGGAGUAGCCAUUGGCAUGGUUUUUUUCUUGGGGGAGCGAGUGGGAGCCAUAGUCAUUCCUUGGAUUGUUUUUCCUGACCCUAGUUGCCAAAUAUCCAUCCCACUUUUUUAAAUAACCUUUCUCUUUUGUUGUCAGUCAGGGUUGAAUUAAAAAGCUGCUGGUUCAUUCCCAAAUGUUGAUGCUCUUUGGGUGUGUUGGAAAUCUCUUUUUUUUCUCCCUUUUCUGCUCUAGGUGGCCAGUUCAAACCCUUGUGCCUCAAGAGGCGUUAAACAUAAUGCAAUUUUCUGAAAAAUGAAAUUCUUUGGCUGCUUGAUGUUUAAAAAAACCCAACAACCAAUGGCACAGUGAUGGGAGAAGGUUGUGUCUGUGUUUUUAAGUUUUUCUUUAUUCUGCUUUUUUGCUGCUAUAAGAUUUUCUUGAAUUUCUAUUUUAAACUUUUCAUGCAUUUUACUGUUUCUAGUCUCAAAAUGUGAUAUUUUUAAUAAAUGAAAAAAAAUUUUCCAUUACGUGAAUGAAAUUUUUAAGCAGAUUGAGAGCCUAUGUUUAUGUCUCAUUCGUAUACUGGGAAAAAGAAAAAGUCAAAUUUAAAUUGUGAAAUUAAUUUUAAAUACUAAGGAGCCAUCUUCAGUCUGGCAAAACUACAGAGUCAGGCUCUUCCUCUACCCUUUCAUUAUUUCCGUUGUCGUUUUAUACAUAGGGAAUUAUCCAUAGGGGGGAAAUAAACAUCAAUUGGACUUAGAGUAGAAACUAUUCCCUGACUGUUGCUGGGGGCUGGGGAAGGGGUGGUGCGGGACAGAACAUAAACAAAUUGGUGCAACCAAACAACUCCCUUGUAAAAGAGUAAGUGCCUGAAAAAAACGGAGGCGUCACCUAUUGUCUAUUCCAAAUUGGCAGCUGGGUGAAAUUCCUGCAUGGCAAUUGCUUCGUGCAGCACCACACACAGGAAAAAAAAAGCCCUUCCUAAAGAUGGAUUUUCCUCUAGGUGCAGGUAUCUUGUUUGUAAUAUACCUCAGCAGCCACCGCCCAGCCAUUAAAUUGUGGAAGUGAUUGGAGAGUAUAGUACUGGAAAGUAGAAUAGCAUGAAAAACUUAAACUUUGUGGACAUUACCUUUCUGUAAUCAGCUGCUGUAUCAUUUUUGGAGGUGGGGGUACCCUGCUGUGGAGGUGUGCACUAACCAACCCUUCUCCUCUUCCCACCCGCGUGUUAAGUAGCAACAUGAGCAGUAUUUCCUACCAUACUUCACUCCCAGUAUUUUUUGAGAUGUUUGUAUAAAAUGGAAUUUAAAAUCCACCUAUGAUUGUAUAUGAACUGCAGAGGAGCCCGUUUAUUAAUAAAACUAAAACCAACAGCAAUGUUUUGUAAUACCAGGGUGGGAGAGGAUGGGGAUGAAAACCAAAAACCAACCCAAAUCCUGGCAAACGUUGUAAACUGCUUAAGUUUGACUUCCCUUUGGUUUCUCACCGAUUGAAGUGUUCUGUUGCAGGAAGGUGUUUAAUUGGAUUUUCUCUGCUGCAAAAUGCACUUCCAACCAUCUGUUAUGCUGUGUGAGUUCUUCAAAAAAUAAGAGUUACUGUUACAGACAUUGCACAAAACUUCUGGAUUUAAAACAAAAUGAGUCUUGUGUGUAUUUCAGCCGAUGCACCUAACUAGAGACACGUUUACCUGCCUUUCAUGUGUCUGGCUCCCACCUUGUUUUCUGUCUGUAUUUUCCCUUCCCAGCAGGAGCAGUAAGGGGAUUGUGCUUUCUUUCCCAGCCAUAGUGAUGCUCUGCUCUAGGAAAAGAGUAGGCAGCUGCCAGCCUCAUGCAUGGAGUGAAAUCCCUUUCAAUAAAGGCUAAUUCUCUUCUGACCCAGAUGGAAGCUGAUUGUAGGGUGUUUCCUAGGGGAGAGAAAGCAAUACAAAGUCAAAUAUCCCGAAGCAGAGAUGGAUGGGAAAACAUCAGCUCUCUCCAUCACUGACCCUCAGUUCACAGCACAUCACAGUCAGUGCCUGGGUAAGAAAGCUCUAAGCCCUUUACUGCUCCUGGCUGUCUUGGUUUGCUUUCAGAAAUAUGGUGCCUGGUGUCAACUUCUAAGCAACAGCACUGCCUAAAGCAAGCAGAGAAAAAAAAAUCCAACACCCUUCUACAAGCAACUUUUUAAAACUCAGUAUGGUCAAUCUGUUCAAUAUGGGGUUUUGUGUGUGUACAUAUAUACAUAUAUAUAUAAAAAAGAGAAUUUUGUACAAUGUA